AUGCCGGCGCACGUGGCAUCACAGCUGCGCGCCCGCGACGGCAGCGACGGGCUGCUGGCCAACGAGCAGGCGCUCGUUACGCCCUUUAACACGCACGCAACGCUGCGAGUGCUGGCCGACACCAAGCAGUGGCCGCCGUCGCGAGACUCUCCAUACUGGGACAAGUCGCUGUUCGAGGCGCAGCCGCGGAACCUCACGUGCGCGACGGCAGGCAUCGCGCAGGAAUAUUGUCGAUGCGAAGAAUAG